UUUACGAGGAGCAUGAACGCAGCACCAGCGGAAAGUAGUCUCUGUUGUUUUGGCCUCUCACAGCUGGAACAGAACUUUUCUUUAUACCGACCCUGUCAUUCAUUCAGUGGCUGGUGGAAGGAAUAAUGGUCUCCUCUGUGCACCUCUGCUCGGGGCUGCUGGUUGUGAUCCUGCUGGUCCUUCAUCACUCCUCAGGGUUCUGGAUUAUAAAUGUUGUGUUCCCUCCCAACACCAAAACCAGAGUCCUGAGUAACAGCACUCCGCCACUCAUCAUCGUACCAGGGAACUUGGGGAACCGUCUGGAGGCCAAGUUAAACAAACCCACGCUGGUCAGCUGGAUGUGCUACAAGAAAACUGAACACUGGUUCCCCCUGUGGAUCGACCUCAACAUGUUCAUGCCGAUAGGUAUAGACUGCUGGAUUGAUAACAUUAGACUUGUUUACGACAGGACGACCCGGCGGUCAUCUAACUCACCGGGGGUGCAGGUGCGAGUCCCAGGAUUUGGGCAGACGUAUCCCAUCGAGUAUCUUGACUAUAACAAACUGGCCGGUUAUUUUUUCAGUAUGGUUCAACAUCUGGUCGACGUGGGCUACACACGAAAUGAGACCAUCCGAGGAGCACCGUACGACUGGAGACUAGCUCCGAAUGAGAAUGAAGAGUAUCUCGUGAAGCUGAAGGACCUGGUGGAGGAGAUGUACGAUCAGAACCAGCAUCCUGUUUACCUGCUGGGACACAGCAUGGGCUCCCACUACGUCCUCUACUUCCUCAACCAGCAGCCUCAGGCCUGGAAGGACAAGUUCAUCAGGGGCUUCAUCUCCCUGGGAGCUCCAUGGGGGGGCGCUGUUAAACCACUCAGGGUCAUGGCAUCAGGAGAGAACGACGGCAUCCCGAUGAUUUCCAACAUCAAGAUCCGUGAGGAGCAGAGGAUGACGACAACGAAUCCCUGGAUGCUGCCGUCUGACAAAGCCUGGCCCAAGGACCACGUGUUCAUCUCCACGCCGACCUUCAACUACACCAACCAGGACUAUCACCAACUCUUCAAGGACAUCAGCUUUGAGGAUGGCUGGUACAUGUGGGAGGACACCAAGAACCUCACGAGCGAUCUCAUCCCACCUGGUGUGGAGACGUGGUGUAUGUACGGCGUGGGGCUUCCCACUCCGAUAACGUAUAUUUACGACGAGAAUUUUCCCAACGUAGACCCAGUGGACUUUGUUUACGCCGAUGGGGACAACACGGUGGACAGCUUCAGCAUGAGCCUGUGCAAGCGUUGGUCGGGGCAGCAGGAGAAGCCUGUCCAUGUGACGGAGUACAGAGGCUUGACCCACCUGGAUAUUGUGGUCCACGAAAAGGUGAUCAACCAAAUCCAGGACAUCCUGGAGGGCAAAUCAGACACACCCGAAGAAGUAGAUGUCCGAUUUGGAACUGAGUAGCAAAUAAAAAUGAAACCCGACACAUCCACACACACUGUAGCUCCUACAUGUUUACCCCCCCCUCGUCAUGGUC